ACAGACAAAGCCGCUCGCCCCGUCCCUCUUCCUGUAAUAUCUGUAAACGCCCACCGCUAAAACCACAGCCCAGAAAGAGAGAUGGUCGUUAUUACAACCCCGUCCCCUCCGAGGCUUUUCAUUCUGCUCUGUGACUCACAAAAGGAUUAACGGCCGUGCGGGAAUUCCGCCCUCCAGUCCUUAUUUAGCGCGGAGCUAGCCGGAGAGACCCCGCCUUCCCUUCAUUUGUCAACAAAGGGGUUUGACAAGCUCGGAGAGGCCCUGCCCCCAUGUUUCCAUAAAACACGGCCAACGAUCAAGCCGUGGCCAACCUUUUCCCUUCCCCAUCCCGUUCAUAUGGUGCGUUGACUUCCUCCGUCGCCGUUAAAGCGGAGCUAUCAUGGCGGAGCGCGUACAGCAGCCCCCAGCCAAACGACUCUGCUGUAGACCGGGCUACAAUGCAACAUGUAGACAGGGCCAGCGGGCCGCGGGGGCGCCGUGUGGCGGCUCUGCUUCCAUCCAGGGCGAAUCGAGCAAAACCCAGAACCCGGAGUCUCUCCUGGACAUCGCGGCGAGGAAAGUCGCGGAGAAGUGGCCGUUUCAAAGGGUAGAGGAGCGUUUCGAGCGGAUCCCGGAGCCCGUCCAGAGACGGAUCGUUUACUGGUCUUUCCCGAGGAGCGAGCGUGAGAUCUGCAUGUACUCGUCGUUCAACACCGGCGGCGAGGAGAUCGGAAGUAGCGGGGAGAGCAGCGACGAGACGCGGCUGCCCUUCCGACGGGGCAUCGCUCUGCUGGAGAGCGGCUGCGUGGACAACGUACUGCAAGUCGGGUUUCACCUCAGCGGCACAGUAAGGGAACCCGCCACGUCCUCAGAGCCUGAGCUGGUCUGCAACGUGAGCGUCAGCUUCGACCGCUGCAAAAUCACAGCAGUGACAUGCAGCUGCGGCAACAAGGACAUCUUCUACUGCGCCCACGUCGUGGCGCUCUCCCUGUACCGAGUACGGAAGCCCGAGCAGGUCAAACUGCGCCUGCCCAUCUCAGAGACUCUUUUCCAAAUGAACAGAGAUCAGCUGCAGAAGUUCGUCCAGUACCUGAUCACAGUGCAUCACACAGAGGUGCUGCCGACGGCUCAGAAACUGGCUGACGAAAUACUGUCGCAGAACUCCGAGAUCAACCAGGUUCACGGAGCUCCAGAUCCGACGGCGGGCGCCAGCGUGGACGAUGAGAACUGCUGGCAUCUGGACGAGGAGCAGGUUCAGGAGCAGGUCAAGCUCUUUCUCUCCCAGGGCGGGUACCACGGCUCGGGGAAGCAGCUCAACUUACUCUUCAGCAAGGUGAGAGAGAUGCUGAAGAUGAGGGACUCCAACGGAGCGCGCAUGCUAACGCUGAUCACAGAGCAGUUCAUGGGCGACCCCCGACUGGCGCUGUGGAGGCAACAGGGAACCGCCAUGACUGACAAGUACAGGCAGCUGUGGGAUGAACUCGGCGCCCUGUGGAUGUGCAUCGUGCUGAACCCCCACUACAAAGCCGAGCAGAAGGAGUUCUGGCUUCGUCAGCUUCGCAGGUGGAACAGUGUGGACGUCUGUCCCUUGGAGGACGGUAACCAUGUCAGCGAGCUGACCAAUCUGACCAACGCUCUGCCCCAGGGCCCCCCUGGAAACCCAGAUUCACUGACUCGGCCUCAUCGGACGGUGUUCACGCGGGCGAUUGAAGCCUGCGACCUGCACUGGCAGGACCCCCACCUGCAGCACAUCAUCACCGAGGACCACUGCGCCAACUACUGUUACCAUUACAACCUCGACAGCUCGCUGUUCGACGCCCGGGGGUGGCCCCUGUGGCACGAACACGUCCCAACCGCGUGCGCCCGAGUGGACGCCCUGAGAUCUCACGGUUACCCCAAGGAAGCACUCAGACUGGCCAUCGCCAUCGUCAACACACUGCGCAGGCAGCAGCAGAAACAGCUGGACUUCUUCCAGGCGCACAAAAAAGAGCUGCUCCAUAAAGGCGCAACAUCAGUCACCAACCUGGAGGGCUGGGUGGGCCACCCUCUGGACCCCAUCGGCACACUGUUCAGCACCCUCAUGGAGGCGGCGCGGGGCAGCGAGGAUGGAGCCACGGUCCUCCUUGACUUCUCAGGCUCCCAGGGUUCAGGUAAGAAGACGGAGCAUCCCGUUUCCCCAGCGCAGCGUUUCCUGGAGGAAGGAGAGUCGCUGGUGUCGCUGGCUGUGGAGAUGGCUCUGAUUGGCUUAGGGCAGCAGAGGAUGAUGCCAGAUGGCCUUUACGCACAGGAGAAAGUGUGCCGCAACGAGGAGCAGCUGCUGGCCAGGCUUCAGGAAGUCAAUCUAGACAACACGUUGGUGAAGAUCUUCCGGAAACAAGCUGUCAUCCUGCUCGAGGCUGGUCCUUACAGUGGUCUGGGGGAGUUGCUCUACAGGGAAAGCGUCCCCAUGCACACGUUUGCCAAGUAUCUCUUCACCUCCCUGCUACCUCAUGACGCCGAACUGGCAUACAAAAUUGCACUGAGAGCCAUGCGGUUGCCGGUCCUGGAGUCCACGGCCCCCUCCAGCGACUUGUCUCGGCCUCCCCAUAUUGUGUCAGUGGUGUCCAACCGCCUCCCUCGCUGGUUCACUCUCAGUCACAUUGAGACCCAGCAGUGUGAACUGGCCUCCACCAUGCUCACUGCUGCAAAAGGAGACGCUCGCAGACUAGAAACAGUGUUAGAGUCCAUCCAGAAGAGCAUCCACUCUGCAUCCCACAUCUUCAAACUGGCCCAGGAUGCCUUCAAAAUUGCCACCCUCAUGGACAGCCUGCCAGACAUCACGCUGCUCAAAGUGUCCCUGGAGCUGGGUCUUCAGGUGAUGAGAAUGACCCUGUCUACCUUGAACUGGCGGAGGAGAGAGAUGGUUCGAUGGCUGGUCACAUGUGCUACUGAGGCUGGUGUGUUCGCGCUGGACAGCAUCAUGCAAAGCUGGUUCACCCUCUUCACCCCCACCGAAGCUACCAGCGUUGUGGCCAGCACGGUCAUGUCCAACAGCACCAUCGUCCGCCUGCAUUUGGACUGCCACCAGCAGGAGAACCUGGCCAACUCCGCCCGCACCCUUGCCCUGCAGUGUGCCAUGAAGGACCCCCAAAACUGUGCCCUCUCAGCUCUGACACUCUGCGAGAAGGACCACAUUGCCUUCGAGACAGCCUAUCAGAUUGUACUGGACGCGGCCGCCACAGGAAUGAACUACACUCAGCUGUUUACAAUAGCACGUUACAUGGAGCACCGCGGUUAUCCUAUGAGGGCGUACAAACUAGCAACAUUAGCCAUGACUCACCUGAACCUCAGCUACAACCAAGACACACACCCGGCGAUCAACGACGUGCUCUGGGCGUGUGCUCUCAGCCACUCGCUGGGGAAAAACGAACUGGCGUCCGUCAUCCCCCUGGUGGUGAAGAGCGUGAAAUGUGCCACCGUCUUGUCGGACAUUUUGCGGCGGUGCACGCUAACUACGCCAGGCAUGGUGGCGCUGCACAGUCGCAGGAACUCUGGGAAGCUGAUGCCUCUGGACAAGGCUCCACUCAGGCAGCUACUGGACGCCACAAUCGGGGCCUACAUCAACACAACGCACUCUCGGCUGACACACAUCAGCCCACGCCACUACAGCGAGUUCAUCGAGUUCCUCAGUAAAGCCAGAGAGACGUUUCUAAUGGCACACGACGGACACAUCCAGUUCACACAGUUCAUAGACAACCUGAAGCAGAUAUACAAAGGCAAGAAGAAACUCAUGAUGCUUGUUCGAGAGAGAUUCGGUUGAAAGAGGAUUCAGUGACCAAAUUGCUCUUUUUACUUGAGUCUCUUUUUUUAAAUCCUUUCUAACUUGAAGUGAAAAUCCUCCCAAAACAACAUUCAUGCAAAUGUUAUUCCUAUGAUUCGGCACUGCUGGGUUGAAUGUGAUGUUCAUGUUCAUCUGCAGUCAAUAUUCCCUUUCAUUCUGAGUCACACUGAGCACGAGCACAGACGGACUCUCGGUUGAUCUGUUGGAACAGUAACUGGACCGAUGAGAGGAAUAAAAUGUGAAAUGUGUUUUAGGGUAAAUUUUCUCCUAAAAAGUUUGAAAUUUAAGAAAAAACAAACAAACAAAAAAAAACAAAAACAAAACAAAACACUGUUAACCAUAAGAGCAGCCAAUGGAAUCAAUGUGUAUAAAACUAUUAAGUUUGCAGAGGGAGAACACUGUCAAUUUGUGGAAGUUUGUGUGUGUUUCCCUUUAUACAUAUGAAAACCAGAGAGUAAGAGUUUUACACUGAGUAUAUACUGUAUUGUCCAGUGGCAAAAUGUCCACCUUGCACUCCUGCUUCCCCCAGCUAACGUUCACAGCCUCAAAGAGAAGACAAACGGCUUUAAACCAAAUGGAGAAACUCCAUCUGAAGUACCUCUUUUAAAAGGAUCCAGCUUUACUCUCCAGCCCCCGCCAAGUCCUCACCCAUCUGCCCUGUGAAGUGAAAGAAAGAUUCACAAUCUGAAAUCAUUUACUGGUUCGAUAUUUGUUUCUGCCAUCUUUAGGCUGAUUGUUUUGGCUUUGCAGUGUUGUCUCAAACAUUCAGUAUGCUUAUUUUGCAGACACGUCUGUCACACGAACUGUCACAGUGCUUGCUCUUGUGGAAACUUGGCAUCUGUCAACAUACAUUCUCAGGGAUUUCAAACAGAAAGCAGACAGAAAAAGAGAACAAAAGCAUUUUAUUGUCCUGUAUAUAUGAAAGUAUAUGUCUGAAUAUUGAAAAAAAAUGUAUAUGUUAACUAAUUUAUGACAGAAUAUUAUGUAAGGCACAAUACUUGAAGCUGCAGUACUUUUGGUUUUUGAAACAAAUGAGAAAAAAACAAAACAUAUCAGAAGGACUUCAAAAACGUUCGCCUUGCGUCGCAUCAGGGGCCAGUUAAAACAGCAGGACACGCCGGCUCGUUUGGCUCUGCAGACAUGUAAUGAACUGCAGAAAGUGGCCAGUUGUAAGACAGGAAGUGGACAAGCAAAGUGUGUAUUCUCCACAACACAGACGCGUAUUGAGGACUGAAGGGCUCAGAGAAAGGGACGACUGUGGAGGCAGAGCAGCAACAUAAUAGCUGGCAACUGCUGCGAUAUUCCAGUGGAGUGAAAUCUGCCCUCGUGUCUCCUGCUGCAGUGAUUCAGUCCCCAAACAAAGCUCUGUUUUACGCUCGGUGUCCAUGCCUCCUCUUCUGACAUCUCGGCUUUGUGCAGGGCAGAAAGUUGCUCUAUACUGUAGGUCUCGACUGUUCCACGUUUUUUUUUUUAAAUGCUUUUUGUGAUUUAUUUUCAUUUUUUUUAAAUUCUUAUUUCUCUCUAGAAUUCCUCACACAAGAACAGCCUUCUUUCUUGCCUUGUCUUAAUGCUUUAAAAUAACCAAAUGGGAGUUUUAACUACCAAACUUUAUUCAUACGCCAACCUGUUAGUGUCUUUCAUUUUUAACUGAACUGGCUCUGUACUGCUUUAAAAGCUCAUUUCAUCUGUUUUUCAGUGUCGUCUCUUGUCUGUUAGUAGCGCCUUUCUGUUUAGAAAUGAAAUAUGCUCCCUUUUAUUUAUUGCGUUAGGUAUAUGAUUGUACAACUAUGUCAACGUGCUCAUGAAGUUGAAACUAAGAUUUGAUACACUGAUCGAUUUAUUUAUGUAACUAAAAUCACUGUUUUAUAAACUUGUUAAUGAAUCAAAAUUUUGUUUUGAUUAAAUUUGUUUUGUUUUUUUUCUGAGA